UCUUCUCGCGACAAAGCCGGCUGGCUGCGGCGUUUCCCAGUGACUGAUACGGGGCGCCGAGGCUAUGGGCAGCCAGGAGCUGCUGGGCCAGGCGGCCCGGCUGGCCUCCUCAGGUCUCCUCAUGCAGGUGUUAUUUCGAUUGAUCACCUUUGUCUUGAAUGCAUUUAUCCUUCGCUUCCUGUCCAAGGAAAUUGUUGGCGUAGUGAAUGUCAGGCUAACACUACUUUACUCAACCACCAUCUUCCUGGCUAGAGAGGCCUUCCGUAGAGCAUGUCUGAGUGGGGGCACCCAGCGAGACUGGAGCCAGACCCUCAACCUCGUGUGGCUCACAGUCCCUCUGGGUGUAUUUUGGUCUUUGUUCUUGGGCUGGGUCUGGUUGCAGUUGCUUGAAGUGCCCGAUCCUGAUGUCAUCCCCCAUUACAGAACUGGAGUGGUGCUAUUUGGUCUCUCGGCAGUGGUGGAGCUUCUAGGAGAGCCCUUCUGGGUCUUGGCACAAGCACAUAUGUUCAUCAAGCUCAAGGUGAUCACUGAGAGCCUGUCGGUAAUCCUUAAGAGUGUCCUGACAGCUUUUCUUGUCUUGUGGGUGCCUCACUGGGGACUGUACAUUUUUUCUUUGGCCCAGCUUUUCUAUACCAUAGUUCUGGUUCUCUGCUAUGUCAUUUAUUUCACAAAGUUACUGGGUUCCCCAGAAUCAACCAAGCAACAAACUCUUCCUGUCUCCAGAAUAACAGAUCUGUUACCCGGUAUUAUAAGAAGUGGAGCUUUUGUAAACUGGAAAGAGGCUAAAUUGACUUGGAGUUUUUUCAAACAGUCUUUCUUGAAACAGAUUUUGACAGAAGGCGAACGAUAUGUGAUGACAUUUUUGAAUAUAUUAAAUUUUGGCGAUCAGGGUGUGUAUGAUAUAGUGAAUAAUCUUGGCUCCCUUGUGGCCAGAUUAAUUUUCCAGCCAAUAGAGGAGAGUUUUUAUAUAUUUUUUGCUAAGGUGCUGGAGAGGGAAAAGCAUGCCACACUUCAGAAACAGGAGGACGUUGCUGUGGCUGCCGCCGUCUUGGAGUCCCUGCUCAAGCUGGCCCUGCUGGCUGGCCUGACCAUCACCGUUUUUGGCUUUGCCUAUUCUCAGCUGGCUCUGGAUAUCUACGGAGGGGCCAUGCUUAGCUCAGGAUCAGGUCCUGUUUUGCUGCGUUCCUACUGUCUCUACGUUCUCCUGCUUGCCAUCAAUGGAGUGACUGAGUGCUUCACAUUUGCUGCCAUGAGCAAAGAGGAGGUCGACAGGUACAAUGUCAUGAUGCUGGGCCUGUCAUCCUCAUUCCUGGUGGUGUCCUGUAUCCUGACUCGCUGGUGCGGCAGCGUGGGCUUCAUCUUGGCCAACUGCUUUAAUAUGGGCAUUCGGAUCACACAGAGCCUUUUCUUCAUCCACCGCUACUACCAAGAGAGCCCCUAUAGGCCCCUGGCUGGCCUGUACCUGUCACCAGUCCUCCUCGGGGCGUUCGUCCUCAGUGGUGGGAUUACUGGUGUUUCGGAGGUGCUCCUCUGCUGUGAGCGGGGCUGGCCAGCCAGGCUGGCGCACGUUGGCGUGGGGGCCUUCUGUUUGGGAAUGACCCUCGGAACAGCAUGCCUCACAGAGACCAAGCUGGUCCAUUUUCUCAGGACUCAGUUAGGAAUGUCCAGACUCACUGACAAAACGACGUGACUUCAGAGAUGCUUUGACACCUGUGGCACCGGGACCAGCCAUGGGGCAGUUCUGUGGGCGGAACACGUAUUCUGCGUAAAAGCCUUCUGGGGGCUCUGCAGUGGAACGAGGGCAGCCCAGGAGGUGAGAUGUCAGAGAGAACCGCCGAUGAGACACUUGCCAUCCAUUUGACGUCUCGAACAUGAAGGAUGAGAUUCGUUUUGAAGUGAAGACCAAAAAGCCCGUUUAAAAUAGAUAAGAUUUCUUUCAGCAUUUUGUUUUAAUCAGCAUUGUCUUUUUUUAUUAAAAGUGUAUUAAUUCCUUUUGGAUGUGAUUGACCUUUGGAACUAUGUGCUCCAACAAACUAUAUCUUAGAAUGUUAGUAGUUAACAACCCUCUGGCCCGGAAGAAGAGAUGUAGCCAUGUCAUUAUGCCCUUCACAGGAAUGUUUCAUUUCUUCCGUGAAAGAAGGAAGGAGACAUGAUAUUAUGCAACAGACAAGAACAAAGUGUGGUCCUGGAGUUGCGGCUUUCCCCACGUCAACACCGUGGGCUGAGUUUUUAGAGAAGGAAAAAUGUUACUCAGUGAGAUAUCCAAGAAUUGAAAUCAUGAAGCUUUUCCUAUCACAUUUCCCAGAGUGAUUUAGGGAGAGUGUCACCUAUCAUGGUCCCACUGUGUCCCCCAGGCCAGCCUUACCCAGAGCAGGCCCUCAGGGUUUCUCCAUUGAAGAGUGGGUGAAAGCUGUCUGGAGACUCCUGGUCUGGCCGCCUGACAGAGGGGGACUCUGAAGGAAACUGAUCCGGUGGGAGCUGCUUUGUCCCUUGAAGGGAGCAUUGCUUUGCAGCUUCUGUAACUUCUCACGUGGAAAUUGUACAGACAACUAAGGUUGAACAGAUGUAUCUUUUUAUCCUGAGAAUAAGAGAGUCGGGGUAAAUUUUAUAUGGCAAGUAUUACUGAGGCAGGCCCCUUCCACUGGCCCAUUAUUUCCAGCACUGGUCAGUACAACGGAAUUCCAGCCCCAGGACAAGAGUGGCAGGCUGUGGGGCUGGUCCUCCAAGCUUCAGUGUGAGCCCGGGCUCUCUGAGCCUUGCACCGUGUACCCUGCAGGUGAGAUCAUCGAGCAUUGU